CAUCCAAUUUUUACCAUACGACCUACUGGACAGGAAAAGAGGAGUGAUUUUAAUUGAAAAGAACUGUUUUGAUACUUUAGAUAGACCGAAAUAUCAUCAACCAAAUCCGGCGAAUACUGUGGGAGAUAGGCAAGAGUAAAUUACCAUCUUGGAUAUUUUACACUGUAGGUAAAUUAAUUCAUAGCAAAUACAGCUUUGGAGGAUGUCAUGGGCAUCUAGCUAGUUGUCGUAUUAUUAACCACGCCGUGAAACCAAACCGACUCUCAAAGAAGCAUUAUGAAAUUCAAUACUAUUCAAGUGCCCAGCGGCGAAAAAUGGGAUUUGAGAUCUAGGAGAUUUGCGAAAGACGGAGGUUAUUAGCUGGCGUACUUAAAGGCCACCUAAAUGACAAGUUUCGGAGCAAAUGUGAAUGGGACGUUCGCCAAUGCAAGCUACGAGGGAAGAUAUUACAAUGAUAUGGAUUCAACAAAGGAUAAGCGUUCAACGUUUGUUAUUUGCUUUGAAGCAGGACUUUUGUGUGCUAUCAUAGUAACAGCAAUUAUAGGAAAUUCACUUAUUCUCACAGCUAUCUAUCGCUUUCGAAGUUUACAGACGAAGACAAACGUAUUCGUUGUAAAUCUAGCGAUAGCAGAUAUAUCUUUGGCUGUUUUGGCAAUGCCUUUUACCAUGACAUCGUCUAUAACGUAUGAAUGGAUCUUUGGCGACACUUUCUGCAAAGUGCAAGGAAUUUUCAACUCGCUUUUCUGCGAGGCGUCGAUUCUCACACUGACGUUCGUCUCGUUGGAACGAUUCAUCGCGAUUUUACAUCCAUUAAAAUACCAACAGUGGAUGACUCCUCGAACGAUAAAAAUCAUGGUAGUGUACAUUUGGUUACAGUCACUCAUAUGUGCAACCUCGACAUUUUUAUUCUCUAAGUUUGAGUUUUUAAAAUUCGAGCAUAUAUGCACUGUUGAUUGGUCAUAUAGUAUUGGCUACACCUUUUUCUUCGUUGUCACAUUUUUCUUUCUUCCAUUCGCGGCGAUGGCUGUUUGUUACUUUGUCAUUUUGCGUAAGGCGUUGGAACAGAGACGCAAAAUAGCUAGUAUAACAGUUGGUGAGAUUCGUGGACAGAGUAAUGAAGAACAGAGGAAGACCAAACAAGAACACAAAGCAACAAUUAUGAUCGCUAUAGUAGUCGGCACGUUCUCGGCCUGUUGGUUCCCCCAUGCAGUGGGGAUAUUCUGCUUGGUAUCGGGUAACUGUGAAUGGCCGGAUUCUUACUUCAUAGCUACAACCUGGCUAGCUAUGUUGAACAGCGCGCUAAACUCGGGAAUCUACGGUUUGAUGAAUUCUAGCUUCAAGCGCGCGUUUAAAAGCAUUUUACUGCGAGAUCGGUUCGUUACUGAUGCUAAUAUUGUUACUGUGAUUGGGAAGAGAACUCAGGGUGUUUCUCGUGCAUUCGGAAAUGAAUAAGCAAAGUUGAUAACUUGGACUCAUCAUUAUAACUCUCGAAAUCUACUGUUCAACGGAAAUUUAGCUUCUAGCGCGUGUUUAGUAUCGAAACAAAUCCCAAACUAGAUCUAAAAAUACUUUGAAACAGAAAACUUUGAGCGGAGACUUUAUUAACAUAAACAGGCCAGAACCUCGAUAGACUGUGAAAGUUGUCACGUUAAAAUUACAAGCAAAUUUUUUUAGCAAAUUGAAUUUUUUUAUUGCUUUAUGUCGAUGCCGCCCCGCGUAUCAUAGGGCCCUGGUAACUACCUAAAGGCGGUUACGAGCCGAUAUGGAAAUGGUUGUAAGGGAAAUACAAAGAUAAUUCGCUCUAUUAUUAAUUUCAAGCCUUUUUCAUCCAAGCCUGGUGUGACAAAUCAUUUUAUCGAUUGUCGAGGUGUUGGAAAAUCCGCCUUUCGCAUAUCCGUUGAUAAAAAUAAACACCUAGGAAUGAUAUUUCUCAGUGGAAAAGAAGUAAAAUGAGGGCCGAGAAUUGUCUAUGAAAUUUCGAGUUAAAUAAUAAAAAAAGGAGAAAAACGGUUCAGACAUAACAACAUAUUGACAUAAGAGAGAAAAAAAACAUUUUUUUAUCUUACGUCCUUAUGUAGAUGUUAUGUUGUACUCCUGUACAUAAGAACAUAAAAUCGCGCGCCUAUGUCGUUACAUAGCCAGUGUACACCGCGCAUAACAGCGAAUGCGACUAAAGUGGUUUAGCGUCGCAUUUAUCGCCGUCCUUUUCCGCUAGGCCUCAAGUGCUGGAUAACAUGGAGAAAAUCGCAAACACGGGGACGGAACUAAUAUGCCAGCCUGAAUAAAGGAGUGUGAGAGUUUAGGGGAAGCGUAUUUGGGCACCUGUUUACUUACAAUGCUCUUUGUGAUUGUACAAUUUAAAGUAUCUCUGACAGUCGCCAUUUUUUCGAACUAACAAAAUAAAUACAAAGGGUAAAAAGCAUCGAUUGUGAUCGGCUGAUUGGUAAACUAUUGCAUUUUUUUCGACUCUUUUUUUCGAUUAAAUUUUCGAUUGAAAUGUAGUAUAAAGUCAUGUUUUUAGCUAGUUAUUUCGAAAUUUCAUAAUAUAAUUUGCCACUCCUUAAACCUCACCUGAAUCCGCCGCUAAUAUAUCAGAAUACAAACAAAAAAAGAAUUUGUGGGGCGCCCUUGAGGUAGGGAUUUCUUUACGAGAAUCUUAUACUUUCUCCCAGAUCAUAUAGAGAAGAAUGAUGCUGAUAUACGGUUAAUAGAAUAGAACAUUCUCGCUUCUGAGUUGGCCUGGCCGGAGCCAAGCGUCCGUUGCUUGCCCCCUUUCGCACUAUUUUUUGUUGUUGUCUCUUCCACGGUUUGUUGUGUACUUAUAUCAGUAUAGAGACUGUCUAAAAAAAAUAAUAAUAAACAUACAGAAGAAGGUAACUACA